CGUAUCGUUUGUGGAUUGAAGUGUCAGAACUGUAACCAAACAAUUAGGAUAAUGUCAGAAGAAUUAGCUACCCAAACUGAAGCCUUAUCAUUGGAAAACAAGGAAACGAUCUUGACCACCAAAGAGGACUUUACUGCCAAACAUCCAUUAAAUAACAAGUGGACUUUGUGGUACACCAAGCCUCAAGUGAACAAGAGUGAAAACUGGCAUGAUUUAUUGAAGCCUGUCAUCACUUUCUCGUCCGUGGAAGAGUUCUGGGGUAUAUACAACUCAAUUCCUCCAGCAAACCAAUUGCCCAUGAAGUCCGAUUACCACUUGUUUAAGGAAGGAAUCAAACCUGAAUGGGAAGAUGAGCAAAAUGCUAAAGGUGGUAAAUGGCAAUACUCAUUUGGUAACAGAAGAGAAAUUAAUGCUACCAUCAACGAUUUAUGGUUACGUGGAUUAUUAUCCAUUAUCGGAGAAACCAUUGAAGAUGACGAAGAUGAAGUGAACGGAAUUGUUUUAAACAUCAGAAAACAGGUGAUUAAAAUUGGUAUUUGGACCAAAGAUUGUGACGAAACUAAGUUGAAGACCGUUGGAGAAAGGUUAAAGAAGGUGUUGAAGUUGGCUGAAGAACAAAGAGUUGAGUUUACCUCUCAUGAUGCUUCAAAUGAUAAGAAUGCUAAACCUCAAAUUGUUUUAUAAAUUUAAUGAUUACUUGGAAAGAGUUUACUUUUUGUAUAAAUAGAAAAACCUUAUAAGCUCUACUUAGUAUCCAACCGGGUUGAUAUUCUCUUUUAUGAACAUUUGUACUUUAUCCCAAUACCCAUCUUGAAUCACUGUAUCAUUAUGUUGACUGUCAGGAAAUUUCACUAAGGAUUUAUUGUCAGUUUCAAGGAGUUCAAAUAUUCUGUCCAUAUGGUUCGGAGGCACAAUUUCGUCCUUUCUUGCACUCAAAAGUAACACAGGAAUUCUGACGGGUAUUUUAGGUACAAGGGAUUCCAGAUCCCACACCUGGUGAACAAACCUUGCAGCAUAUUUUAAGAAUGGAAAUAUAUGAGGAACUGUCUUAGGAAUGGAAAGAAAGGUAUUUUCCAAUAUGAUCCCACUAACAGCAUCUGACAUGGUAGCUGCUAUGUAGAUAGUUACGGCACCUCCCAAAGACCGACCGUAUAAAAUGAGUGAACUGUUCAGAAAUUGCUUAUCUUCCCUCAAGUACUUCACCACAGUCUGUGCAUCCACUUUGAGCCCCUUCUCAGAAGGCUGGCCCGUGGACUUCCCAUAUCCUCUAUAUGAGUAGAUGAACACAUUAUACCCAAAAUUAAGAUAGAAAACUGACACGAUUGGUAGAGCAUGUCCUAUAUUCCCGGCAUUAGGAGAUAACAUCAACACCGUCUUGUUUUUAUAUGUGGGAGACUUCACGUCAUGUUUCAACAGAUAGCCUUGCAAAGUUUCACCAUCUUUAGUUUUUAACUCCACUAGUUCGUAGUCAGGCAUGUUGUAUUCAUCUGGAGUGGCACAGUGGCCCCUUCCAUCGUUGAUUGAAGCAGGAUAAAUAAGCUUGGACUGGUACGAAUAUAAUCCAGCCAACACGAGACCGCCUAGGGAAACUCCAAUUUUCAUGAUUAGUUUGACGAAUUUGAGUAGCUUCAUUGUGAUUAACGUACCGGCAGUUAUCAAGCUCAUUUUGACUAAACCUUAUAU